AAGAAGAGCUCGAAAUAACCAGUAACAAGUUGAAUAGAGAACACCCUGAAUUUAUUGUAACUGUCAAAACAAUUAAAGAGAAAUACUUUGGUCGUAUCCCAAAAGAAUGGAUAAUAUCAAUCCUACCAGACCUUCCCAAUCUCAAGGAAACCCAAACCAUUCUCAGAUCUGAAAGCAGUACAAUAACCCUCCCAAUAAUUGAAGAUAAAUUACUCAUAAACAAACUUAAUGUCCUUAGAAAAAUAUUCCACUUCGAGAAACUACCAGCAGAAUUUCUAAUUGAACCCAA